GUUCAACCAAUCCCGAGUGGCUUUUCAGGUCCCUCUUUGAGAUUCUUUUGUAUUGUAUCAACGUUAUAUUUGUUUGUGGUAAUAAUAAAUGUUUUGUGUGGUAAUUGUUACAAGUACACACAUACUUAAUUAUUUAUUAAUUUUUUUGGCUGCCGGUAAUGAUGUAUUUUAAUUUAGUAUAGACAUAAACACAUAUUUAUUUCAAUUAUGUCUUUUUUUUUUUGUAGAUAGCACAAGAAACUUUUGUUGUAUAUAUAAAUUAGGUGCAAGAUAAGUAAAUAGAAAUUGAAAUUAAUUUUGAUGUGGCAGAUGGGGAGAAUUGGGGAAGAGUUAGACAUAGACUUUGUGGUUUCAACAGGUGAUAAUUUCUACGAUAAUGGUUUGAAGGGGGAAAACGAUCCUCUUUUUCUGGACUCAUUUACCAACAUUUACACUGCAAAAAGUCUGCAAAAACAAUGGUUUGCAGUUCUAGGUAAUCAUGAUUACAGGGGAGAUGCAGUUGCGCAGUUGAGUCCUUACCUGAGGAAAAUCGACUCCAGGUGGCUUUGCCUCAGGUCUUUUGUGGUUGAUGCAGAAAUUGCUGAAUUUUUCUUCGUGGACACGACUCCUUUCGUGGAUAAAUACUUCACCGAACCUGAAAAUCACAAAUAUGAUUGGCGUGGCGUGUCUCCUGUAAAUAGCUACACGGCCAACUUGUUGAAAGACCUUGAAUCAGCACUAAUGAAAUCAAAGGCAAGAUGGAAAAUUGUGGUGGGUCAUCAUGCAAUUCGAAGUGUUAGCCUCCAUGGCGAUACUCGGGAGCUUGUUCACCGCCUUCUUCCAAUUCUUCGAGCGUAUGAAGUAGACUUGUACUUGAACGGGCACGACCAUUGUCUGGAACACAUCAGCGACCGCAUAAGUCCAAUUCAAUUUAUGACUAGUGGAGGCGGGUCAAAGGCAUGGAGAGGGGAUUUAAACACGAGCAAUGAUGGUGACUUGAGAUUUUUCUAUGAUGGCCAAGGAUUUAUGUCUGUUGAGAUGACAAAAAGUGAUGUGGAGACAAUAUUUUAUGAUGUUCUCGGUAGAGUUUUGCACAGAUGGACCGUGUCCAAGCCAUCCUUUCACUCGGAUAUGUGAAUACCUAUUUAAGUUUAAGGACCAACCAAAUAAAUCAUUUGUGUACCCUAAUUAAAUGAAGGGAUAAUUUCAGGUUAAAAUGCAAGGAUUUAGGUAAUUAAUGUAAUUAAUUAUUUAAAUUGGGGUUUGGGUAUUUUAUUUUUAUUUUGGCGCAUAAUUAGUCAAAUGUACCUACAAAUGGGUGUGAUUUGAAGUUUAUGUUAUGUAUUAUUUACUGCGUGCUUCGGUAAUUUGUACAAUCAAAAAUGUGUCUAUAUAUCUGAUAGUGAGUUAUGAUGUUCAAAGUUCAUUUGCUUGAGG